AGCAGCCAGCGCUGUCAAUUACUGUGUCCACUUUUCAACUCCACCAAAGCAGAGAGAGCUGUCUUGGCCCAAAUUCCUUAGUUCAAGCUAUUUUUCUAACGUCAACGGUUGUUUUGGCCUUUUGCUAAAUCAUAUGAAACCUUAAUUUUGGCAUUUCACUAUUCUUGAACUUAAUUUCCGAGAUACCAGUCUAAACGGUUGUCCCGCGAUGCGACAGAGGAAAAGGUAACAUUAGUUUGAGCCGCUGUAGGAACGUAGCUAACGCUACGUAAACAGUCUGUUGACGUUAGCUGCCAAGCUAGCUAGACUAUCUAAAAACAGCAUUUAGUUAAUGCCAGCCUUCGCUUUUUGUUUGCCCUUCAAUUUUUCAAAUAACUAAUAUAACAUCAUCUUACAGUGCCAAAAGCGUUAGUUAGGUUAUCAAAUGCUAGGCUUUGUCUUUCCUCAAAAGAAGACAAUAUGUGAGUUACAGUGUUUGGUACUGAAAAUGUAUUAACGGGCACGCGAGGUGGGGCUUCUCCAAAAGGCAGUUGGACAUUAGCUAUCUAUAAGAGUGUACUGACUGCAUUUGCCGUAAUAGAGAUAGAUACUGGUUGAAUGAUGAAUCCACUCGACUGGGAUGCUUUUCUUCGGAUAGUCCAUAAGAAUGCGGACCCAAAACACCAGAAUUAUGUUAAUAACAGCAUGGAGAAUGCCCAAGUAACUAAUAACGAGAUGGACACUUUUGGAGCAUCAAAAGUGUCGCAAAGCAGCAUGGGAUGGGAUGGAGUAAGUCCUCCUCUCUCGCUUAACUUGAACAUAGAGGACUCAGAAGUCGAGGACCCAGAUGGAGCGCCCAUUGAGCUGGAGGAAGAGGAUCCAGAGCUGUUGAGAAAGCGGAAAGAGCUUAGAGAGAUAGAGGAGCGGAUACUAUUUAAGAAAGCUGCUAUUGCUCUGAAAACUGUUGAAACGUCUGUGAAGAAGACCUCACUUUCAGACCUUUCCUGUAAUGAACAAUCAUCUGCAUGCAAAGGUGCAACUCUCAAAGACAGGGUGAAUGUCAUUUUGCAGCAGGGACAUCCUGCGGGCUUCCUGUCAAAGGUGCGGUCUCCCAGAGAGAGAAUUAACUCAUCCAGGCUGAGCAGAGAUGGUCUGCUGCAGGACGACCAUCCGCUGAAGCUCAGAGUGAAGGCACUCAUGAAGCACAGAUGUAGUGAUCCGUGUGUUUUGCCAGCAAGCAGGGAGGCCACUGACGUCCCACCGCCUCCUCCCAGCCGAAGGGAUACUUCCCCAGCCAAGCAAGAGAACGGCGUCAACGAGGGUUUCCAGCUGUUUCUCAAUGUGCUUAACAAAGGCGUGGAUUUUGAUUUCCUCAGCAGGAUCGUCACCAAUGACAGCGAGGACCUUCCUUUAGGCGAGGAGCUCCUGAACGUUCACCACACUGCUGCGGAGAACAAGUCCGACCCACCCUUCGGAAACGACAGUCAGCAAUUGAGUAGCGGAGUGUCGCUGCCUGACUACAGUCGGACCAACAGCAGAGAGAGUAAGACUGACCCGCCCAGUCAAGAGAGAUCCCUCAACAAGACCCUACCUGAUGAUGGAGAGAAGAAGGACGACAGAGGAGAUUGCUGUUUCAUUUCCAAUAGUCGAUCCAGGUCUACCUCGGCGGGAAAGAACAAGAAGAUGAGCAAAGAAGAAACACCAAGGCUGGAUGAGCAGAGCGCACAGCUCCAGAACAUUCUUAAAACCCUGGGGCUGAGCCUGGAAGUGGAGGAGAUGAGCAAACUAGCAGACCGGACUCAGGAGAGGCUGUACGGUAAGAAGCAUGGAGCCAGGAGGGCUGAUCACAAAGGGGAGCAGGAGAGUCAGCAGAGGGGCUCCCAAAGGUAUUACAGUCACUCCUCUUCCUCCUCUUCCAGGUCCACUAGGUCUAGAACCUUUAGUCCCAGCCUCUCUCGCCGUCAGUGCUCCCACAGCAAAGACUCCGAGCGAAGGUCUGAACGCAGCCACUCGAGAGACAAAAGCAGAGACGGACCGACACAGCAAGACCAUUACGGGGACGGAAGAGAAGAACAGAGUUACAGGGACGAAGACCGCGAUGGAAAAUACCUCAAAGAAAUCUCUGCUUAUCAACAUCCAGAUCCACCAAACCCAACGUAUCCCCAGCCCCACCCUAGUGCUUUUUCAGAAUUUUCAGCCAACAGUUUGUCCCAGUACACUGUUUACCAGAGCACUUACAGCACUGCUACUAAUUCUUACUGGACACAUACUCAGGAUGCCAUUCCUCCCUUCUUCUAUCCCAGCGAGGGUCCUUACCCACAAAACACCUACUGUCCCUUUCCUGGCUCCUUCAUGGCACCUAAUAUGUUUAACCGUCGUUGCAGGUCUCACAAAGACAUGAACUUGAUUUUUAAUCCAGACCUGUCUCAGAGCGAAGGCCAAAGUGGAUCUGUUUCUCGCCCUCGCUGCCUGCAGGUCGUCAAGACUAAGACCAACGAGAGCAAUUUAAAGCAACUUAUAACACACAAAUCGCGAAGCGGGAUGAGAUCUUUGUUGAAGAAAAAACGUAAACAAAAGUUAAAACAUCGAAAAAAACAAAGAGCACAAAAGCUUGCAGCAAAACGAGAGAAACUAAUGCUGGAGAAGGCCCUAAAGGUCGAUAAAGAUGACUUGGAAACCGAGUCAGAGGAGGAAAAACAGCUGCCAACAGAGACGGAAAUAAAGGCAAACCUGAAGAAAACGCUUAAUGCAUUUAACCAGAAGGUGAGACAGAAAAUGCCACAGCCAGCCAUCUGCCUGACCUCUCAAAUUGAUUAAAAUCUGUGCUUUGCGACUGAUACUUUGAACCUGCUCUGACCCCCGGCAGACCUUUUGGACCUUAUCGUGUUCAACAUUCAUUCAUUGAACCAUUAUUGAAUUCAUUCUUCAUUCUUCUUCAAUCAUUAUAGAACUGGAAGUACAUUAUAUCUUACUUAAAAAUAUAUUUUUGUGUCAUUAAAGUGGCUAGAUGUAACUUUCUUUUUGUGUUGAUUCUAGCGGCCACUUUGGACAACAGCAGUAGUGUUUUAACUAGGGCUAGGUGAUAUGGAGAAAAUCAAAUAUCACGAUAUUUUUGACCAAACAUCUCAAUAUCGAUACCCCAGCAAUAUUGUAAUGUAGACUAUUGGUUCUUUUACAAAACGAGAUUUUUGAGAAAUAAUCAUCAGUAAUGUGGGUAUAAUGACUAAGUGGGUAAAGUCCAAAAAUAGUACGGCUACAGCAGUCUGGUAGGUUUAGAAAAUGACAUCACAUUACUGUAAUUUUCUGUGAUGGUCUUGCCCCAGUAUCAACCAUAACUACAGCAGAUAACUUAUAAAAUAAAAUUAGGCUUCUAUAAAGAAAUCUGCUGCUACCUUUUAUCUGGCUUGGGCACAUGCUUUUCGGGCGUUACUCCAAAAUCUGUGACAAAGUCAUUGGAUGGAAAAAUACACAAUUUCAGAAACCUUUCACAAGUUACAUAUAGUCACUUUGUUGCCAAUCUGUGUUAGCAGGAGCAGUUUUACCCAUUUCAACACUACAUUUCUGUGAAUGUCACUAAUUUGUCAUUCUCUUUCAGUUGUUUUUCUCUUAGUGCUGUAUGUUUUUAAUUAAACAAAAUAUG